AUGGCAUGGAUCGAAGCAACCGGUGGCGCCGCUGACCGCGUGCUGCGGCAAGAUCUUACAAGGCUGAAAAAUGGAGUGUCCGAACGGGAGGCGAUCGGGAGGAAGGAUUCCGGCGCUCCGUCCACACUAGUAGUGGCAAUGUGUCUAUUUGACCAAGUCGGGAUCGAUAAGGAUAUCAGUUUCUCCAUCACCUGUAUCCCAAGCCAGAGGCAAGCUCGGAAAAUGCCUACAUGCGACGCCCUCUCCGGGAAGACCAUGGGCUAG